GUGUUUUCGCCUUCCCAGAAACUCUAAUAUGUUGUUGCCUAUGAAUUCAGCAUGUGCAAACAAUUCCCCAAAGCUUCCACACAGAUCUGCAUCGGAGAUACGGCGACACCUUCUCGGAAGAAGAGAGGGAAAAUGGGUUUCAUCAUGGAAUUUGCGGAAAACUUGGUAUUGAAGUUGAUGGAAGACCCGAAGGAAAGAGAUCGGAGGUUCAGGGAGCACGUUUAUAGAGUGAAGGACAGGUGCGAGAAGACAAAAGAGAUGUGGAGCUACCCCAUGCGGCCCUAUGGUUUCUGGACAUUCGAACGCCACAAUUCUCAGCUUGCAUGGGAUGCCCAAAUUAGCCAAGUUCCUGGUAGGAGGGACCCUUAUGAUGAUCUCCUCCAACAUUACUCCGCCCCACCUAAAUGAGG